AUGAUUAAUCGUAUUCAGUGCCACGUAGAUAUUGCAGGUGGGGGGCGCAGGUGGGGGCGUGGUGAACGCCGCCUCACGGGCCUCCUUCUCCCGUUGCAGCUGCACGUGGCCGUGCUGGACCGCAACGACAGCCCGCCGUCGUUCCGCGGCGCGGCGCUCGUCACGGCCGUGUCGGAGGACCUGCCCGUGGGCCACGCCGUCGCCACGCUCGGCGCCACCGACCCGGACACCCUGGGCGAGCUGCGCUACCAGCUGCUGGGCGCGGCGGGCUCCGGCUCGUUCGACGCCGCCUCCGUCUCCGCCUCCGCCGACGCUUCCGACGCCAUCGCCGACGCCGACGGCGGCGCCGGCCACUUCGAGCUGGACGCCGUGUCGGGCGUGCUGCGCCUACGCGACGCCCUGGACCGCGAGACCAAGGACACGUACCGGCUGGCGGUGCGCGCCUCCGACGGCCUGCAGCACACCGACGCCGUGUUCACCGUGAAGGUGACGGACAGCAACGAUAACCCGCCGGUGUUCUCGGAGGCGGCGUACUCCUUCGACGUGCCCGAGAACGCGGCGCGCGGCGCCCGGGUGGGGCAGGUGGUGGCGCGCGAUGACGACCAGGGCGUCAACGGCCAGGUCACGUACAGCGUGGUGUCCGACUGGGCCAACGACGUCUUCUCGCUGCACCCGCAGUCCGGCGUCUUCACGCUGACGGCGCGGCUCGACUACGAGGAGGUUCAACAUUACAUCUUUGUGGUUCAAGCCCAAGAUUCUGGACGGCCCAGCCUCUCAUCUACCCUGACAGUCUACUUCAAUGUUGUAGAUCUGAAUGAUAAUGCACCUUUAUUUGAUCCAAUGAGUUACAGUAAUGAAGUUUUUGAAAAUGUUACUGUUGGUACUAGUGUAGUAACUGUCAGUGCAACUGAUUUAGAUUCAGGGGACAAUGGACGCAUUGAGUACAGCAUCACCACUGGAGAUGAAACUGGGGAUUUUGUUAUUUCACCAAACGGCAGUAUCUGGACGAGGAGACCUCUUGACAGAGAAACAAAAUCACUGUACAAUCUUGUGGUUACUGCUGAAGACCAAGCUCGGCCACCACAGCAGCGUCUCUCAUCAACAGUGCAGGUCACCAUCGUCCUGAAGGACGUGAACGACGCGGCGCCCGAGUUCAUCACGCCCAACGAGACGGCGGUGGCGGAGAACGUGCCGCCCAACACCGUGGUGAUGGCGGUGAAGGCCGUGGACCGCGACGAGGGCCGCAACUCGUACGUGGAGUACUCGCUGGCUCCGGGGCCCGACAGCGCGCUCUUCACCCUGGGGCCCGUGGACGGGCUGGUGCGGGUCGCCGGCCGCCUGGACCGCGAGGCGCGGGCCAACUACACGCUGGAGGUGACGGCGCGCGACCGCGGCGACCCACCCCGCGCCUCGCGCACGCGCGUCUUGGUGCGGGUGCUCGACGAGAACGACAACAGCCCCGUGUUCGACCCCAAGCAGUACAGCGCGUCUGUGCCCGAGAACGCCAGCAUAGGGGCCAGCGUACUGCAGAACGUGCUGCCGCCGCCCGACGGGUACGUGGUGACGGUGCGCGCCCACGACGCGGACACCCCGCCCUACAACGGCCACGUGCGCUACUUUCUCAAGGAGGGCGACGCCGACCUCUUCCGCGUCAACGCGUCUUCCGGCGAGGUGUCGCUGCUGCGCGCGCUGGACCGCGAGGCGCAGGCCGAGUACGUGCUGGCGCUCGUCGCCAUGGACACCGGCACGCCGCCGCUGACGGGCUCCGGCACGGUGCGCGUGGUGGUGCAGGACGUGAACGACCACAGCCCGGAGUUCGAGCGGCAGGCGUACGAAGGCGUGGUGCGCGAGAACCUGCCCGCGGGCACCAGCGUGCUGCAACCCCGCGCGCGCGACCGCGACGCCGGCCUCAACGCGCGCUACGAGGUGUGGGUGGAGGCGCGCGACUCCGACUCGCCGCCGCUGCGCAGCGUGCUCAGGUUGCUGAUCAACGUGACAGACGCCAACGACAACGCCCCGGUGAUGGAGCGCGCCCUGUACAACGCCAGCAUCCCCGAGGAGGAGACGCCCCCUCAGCGGGUGGUGCGCGUCUCCGCCACCGACGCCGACUCGGGCACCAACGGGCAGGUGACGUACCGCCUCGUGGACGACGGCGACGGCGCCUUCGAGAUGGACGCCGACACGGGCGACAUCUUCACGGCGCAGCGGCUGGAUCGCGAGAGCGUGGCGUCCUACUCGCUGACGGUGCAGGCGAUCGACCGCGGCACGCCGGCGCUCGUGGGCUCGGCCACCGUCGUCGUCACCGUCCUCGACAAGAACGACAACCCGCCGCGCUUCACGCGCCUCUUCAGCGUCAACGUCACCGAGAACGCGGAGCCCGGCACCUUCGUCAUCCGCAUCACCAGCUCCGACCUGGACGUCGGUGAGAACGCCAACGCCACCUACAGCUUCACCGACAACCCCGACGGCAAGUUCGCGGUGGACGCGGUGUCCGGCAACGUGACGGUGGUGGGGCCGCUGGACCGCGAGCACCAGGACGAGUACCUGCUCAAGGUCGUGGCCGUGGACGGCUCGUGGCGGGCGGAGACACCGCUCACCAUCACCAUCCAGGACCAGAACGACAACGCGCCCGAGUUCGAGCACUCGUUCUACUCCUUCAACUUCCCCGAACUGCAGCGCUCGGUGGUGUUCGUGGGGCAGGUCGUGGCCGCCGACCGCGACAAGCAAGGGCCCAACGCGGUCAUUUCCUACGCCCUCAAGCACCCGUCCGACCUGUUCACGGUGGACCCGGCCAGCGGCGAGCUCUUCAGCAAGCGCAGCCUGCGCUACAAGCACACGGCGCUGGAGGCGUCGCCGGAGAACGAGUACGUGCUGACGGUGACGGCGACGGACAACGGCAAGCCGCCCAUGUCUUCCGAGUGCCUGGUGACGGUGAACGUGGUGGACGCCAACAACAACGCGCCGGUGUUCGAGCGCGAGGAGUACUUCUCGCCCGUGCCCGAAUCCGCGGUGAAGGAGCAGCGCGUGCUGCGCGUCACGGCCACCGACGAGGGCGACUUCGGCAUCAACGCGGAGGUGCAGUACCAACGCCUGGGCGGCAACGGCUCCGAGCUGUUCGACGUGGCGCGCGACACGGGCUGGAUCACGGUGCUGCGGCCGCUGCGCGGGCGUCUGCUGCAGCGGCUGGUGCUGCGCGUUCGCGCGCAGGACCGCGGGGUGCCGCCGCAGCACGCGGACGUGACGGUGACGCUGGUGGUGGCCGGCGACAACCGCCACGCGCCGGUCUUCACCGCGCUCAGCUACCAGGUGCUGGUGCCCGAGAACGAGCCGCUCGGCGCCACCAUCCUCACCGUGUCCGCCGCCGACUCCGACCAGGGCCCCAACGGCAUGGUGCGCUACGCCAUCUCGGGCGGCAACGAGCGCGGCGAGUUCGCCGUGGACGCGGUGAGCGGCGCCGUCACCAUCCAGCAGCCGCUCGACUACGACACCGUGCCCGAGUACCACCUCAACAUCACCGCGUCCGACCUGGCCUUCGAACCGCGCGCCGCCACGGCCAUGCUCACCGUCACGCUCACGGACAUCAACGACAACGCUCCGGCCUUCGACCAACAGCUGUACCGCGCCUUCUUGCCCGAGAACUCGCCGCCGCACUCCUUCGUGUUCCGCGUGGAGGCUCGCGACGCCGACUCGGCCAAGAACGCCGUCGUCCAGUACUCGUUGGUCGGCGGCUCCGGGCGCGACGCCUUCAGCAUCGAGUCCAAGACGGGCGUCAUCUACUCGCGGUCCAGCUUCGACUACGAGGAGCGCAGCGUGUACGCUCUGGACGUGGUCGCUGCCAAUCCGGACUCCCCGAUGUACGGUUCGACUCGCGUGGAAGUGCACGUCACCGGCCAAAACGAGUUCUACCCGCGCUUCGUGCAACCCGUCUUCCACUUCGACGUGUCCGAAUCCGCGGAGGUGGGCACCAGCGUGGGGACGGUGCAGGCCACGGACGCGGACGCCGGCGACGACGGCGUCGUCUACUACCUGUUCGUGGGCGCCAGUAACGAUCGCGGCUUCAGCAUCGGCGCGGACACGGGCACCAUUCGCGUGUCGCGCCGCCUGGACCGCGAGACGCAGAACCGCGUGGUGCUGACGGUGCUGGCCAAGAACGCCGGCGGCAUCCGCGGCAACGACACGGACGAGGCGCAGGUGGUGGUGUCCGUCCAGGACGGCAACGACCCGCCGGAGUUCGCGCAGGCCGCGUACGACGCCACGGUGUCCGAGGCGGCCGCUCCCGGCACGCGCGUCGCCACGGUGCGCGCCGUCGACAAAGACGUGCGCCCCCAGAACAACCAGUUCUCCUACUCCAUCAUCGGCGGCAACGUGGGGCGCGCCUUCAAGGUGGACCCGCAGACGGGCGACGUGGAGACGACGGCGCGGCUGGACCGCGAGACGAUGCCGGCGUACACGCUGACGGUGGGCGCCAUCGACGCCGGCGCGCCCCCGCAGACCGGCACCGCCACCCUGCGCAUCUCCGUGCUGGACGUGAACGACAACGGGCCCGUGCUGGAGGCCGCCGGCACCACGGGCUACGUGGCGGAGAACGAGCCGGCCGGCACCAGCGUGCUCACGCUCAGCGCCACCGACCCCGACCUGCCGCCCAACGGCGCGCCCUUCACCUACCGCCUGGUGGGCGGCCGCCACAGGGACCUCGUCGCCGUCGAGCCGCACACGGGCGUCGUCAAGACGACGCGCAGCCUCGACCGGGAGGCCACGCCCACGCUCGACCUGCUGGUGGAGGUGGAGGACAGCGGCGAGCCGCGCAUGAAGGCGCAGCACGCCGUGUCGGUGGUGGUGCUCGACCAGAACGACAGCCCGUCGACGCCGCGCGUGGUGCACGUGUUGGUGCACGUGCUGGACGAGCCGUCGAGCGGCGGCGCGGCGCUGGGCCGCAUCGCCGACGUGCACCCCAACGACGCCGACUCCACGGGCGAGUCGGCGCGGUUACCAGUGCCGGCUGUGUUGAGCGUUGACGCCGCCGGACGGCGGCCGCCGCAGCAUCCCGGGUCAGCAGCUGCGACCUAG